CGGCAAACACUGGAAACCUAAAACCUCUCCUCCUUGACAUUUCCCUUCCCUGCACUACUCCCCGCUUCUGUCUCCCAGUGUGCCUCCUGCAAAAUCUCCUCUUUUUAGACUGCUGGGAGCGUCAACGCUCAAGUCCAAGACCAAGACCAAGUCAGUCACUCGGUUCGGGUGAGUUCGUCUAUCCAUUAACGUUUUUAUGAAAACAUGUUUAGUUUUAGUUAUCUGCGAAGGACGCUGAUUGAAUGUAGAACCGCCAUUGAUUCGAAACUCAGUUCCCUUCAUUGUUACCGAACACGAGCGGCUAAAUCUAAAGAGCAAGAAUCUGUAAUCGUGUCUUACCUUGUGGAUUCAUGUGGGUUGUCUCGAGAGAAAGCGAUCUCAGCUUCUAAGUUUGUUACUUUAGGGAGCACAGAACGAGCGAACUCAGUUCUUGCACUUUUAAGGUCUCAUGGGUUUGGCGAGACUGAUAUUGAGAAGCUAAUUUCUAAGCACCCAGCUCUGAUUAUGGCUGAUCCAGAGAAAAACCUGAAGCCCAAAAUUGCUUAUGUUGAAUCGUUAGGUAUUUUAGCUCCUGAUUUGCCUAAGGUUCUCUGUGCAAAUACACAGAUUCUUUUGCGUAAUUUAAACACUCAUGUGAUUCCCACUUUUGAUUUCCUUAGAGGGUUUCUUGAAACUAGUGAGGAUCUUGUUUAUGCUUUGAAGCAAUCCACUCGAGUAAUUAGAUGCAAUGCUGAGGAGAUUAUGAUGCCUAAUAUAGACACUUUGCUUGCAAAUGGCGUGUCGAAAUCCCUUGUCGGAAGGCUAAUUAUGUUGAAACCUCAAUCACUUAUGUGGCGGGCUGAUUUGUUCAGUGAGAUGAUUAAUGAGAUUAAGGGAAUGGGGUUUGAGCCAAAGACGAAGAAAUUUGUCUUGGCUGUCCGUUCGAUGGCAACAGUAAGUAAAGCAACCUGGGAGAGGAAGAAGGAGCUAUUAAUGAGCUUUGGCUGGUCUGAAAAUGUAUUUUCUACUGCGUUUAAGGUUCAGCCCAUGUUGAUGCUUUGCUCGGAGAGUAAGAUUAAGGAGUUGAUGGAUUUCUCAAUGAAGGCCGGUUUGCAGCCCUCAGAUAUUUCCAAGUGCCCGAAUCUUUUCCUAGCGAGUUUGGAGAGGAGAAUUAUGCCAAGAUACUUUGUUCUGAAAACUUUGAUUUCAGAAGGUUUGAUAAGGAAGGAUGUGGAUUUAGUCUGGCCCCUCAAUGCAAGUAAGACGAGCUUUGAAAAGAAGUUUAUUGCUGAGUUUGAGAAGGAUGUCCCUCAGCUCAUCAAGGCAUACCGGGGAGAGUGCAAAUUUGAAGGAUUCAGUCAGUUCUUUGAAUCAAAAUUGAGUUGAAUGAAGGAGGCAGCAUUAAGCUUUCUUGUCACUCAGACGACUGUGAAUUUUGUGGCUAGGCAAUGAAUCAGAGUUGCUUAUCAAUGGGUACCUCUUUUUCUUUUGUGUUGUCUAUGAGAGGGCUGACAGAACUACUGCGCUGAAAGUGGACUUAGUUUUGUACCAAGCUCUCACUAGUUCUUCUCCUCCUCUUGAGGCAGAAACUUGAGGAGUUGAGCUUGGUGGUGCUGUAAAAGCUGGUAAUAGAGUUUCUGGAAGAAGGCCGCCCCUGCCUGGAGAUUGAAAUCAACCAGCGGACUUUAGCCUAAUGGUUUUAUUUCUGCUGUUCUUGUACCGUGUAAGUUCUCAAUAUAUUACGACUGUACUUCAAAGGAAAUUACCAAAGAGUUAAUAUAUUAGUCUCUUUCUUGUAAA